AUGCGGAGACAUUCUGGAAAAAAUCCAUCGGGUUUUGUUUUUGUUUUCGCUAUACGGACUGCAGCCUCCCGCAGAGACGUACCAGGCGUGCGAAAUGCCCAGAGUGCGGCGGUGUGGGGAGCGGGUGGCUGCCUUUUUUUGAUUCCCUCUGUGCCACUGUGUUUUUAUUUUGGAUUUGCUGCGGCGCUGAUGCGAUGGCGUGACUGUGUUUUUGUGCUGCGUGUUGUCUCCAGUCUUUGCUUCUCCUCACUCUGUUCUCUCGUUUUUUUUCUAUUCGUGUUUUUACGUGUUGUGGUAGUAGGUGGGCGGCGUGGUGGUGUGGGGGGUGCUGAGCCUCUUCGCGUGACUUCUGCGAUUCUAGCGGACAGCGAAAACACAGGCGCUGUGCUUACCACUGUCACUGCGUCUGCACCUGUGCUGUCCCAGAUGUUGUGCUCCCCUUGCCGCCCUGCCGGCACCCUCUGCGUAGCGACCCGACGUGCAGCUCCUUCGUCUUUUGCCGCCCGGCAAACGUAA